AUGAAUUCUUCCAAAUUGCCACCAUUAGCACGUUCCAUUAACAUUAACUGUCUUAUAGUCACAAACAUAAUUGAUAUCAUUAAUGCAAUGGGGAUUUACCAAAAGUUGUCAACUGAUGAUGCUCUAACCAAGCAUGUUUGUAAUCCACAAUAUUUGGAUGAUGUAAUCUUUCCAAUAAAUGAACUUCUCUUAGCAUUUUAA